UUGCAUCAGCACUUGUGUUGGAUAUAACUGCUGUACGAGCAAAACAGAGAUGAAGAAUAAACACAGCAGAGAUCAUAUCAUGAACAGAAGAACAUGAGGCUGUAUCGAGCUAUCUUCACGCUUUUGGUCGCAGUUUACUGCAAUGAACUGUGUAAUGGAGACCAAGUUCUCCGAAUCCAUGCCAAAACUGCGGACCACCUUGAGGUUCUGAAGGAGCUUAAAACGGACCGACGGCUGGAUUUCUGGACCCAUGGCAUCUCUACUGCUCUGCCUGUUGAUAUCCGUGUGCCUCACGCCAGUCUGCACGCUGUCAAAGACUUACUUGCUGAAAACAAGGUCCCUUUCACAGUCAUGAUCAACAAUGUGCAGGAACUUCUGGAUAAGGAGAAAGCUGAGAUGGAGAGGAAUGCAGCGAUGGAGCGUAGCACCAAAAUCUUUAACUUUGCUGCUUAUCACACCCUGGAUGAAAUUUACAGUUUUAUGGACGACCUUGUUAAUAGUCACCAAAAUCUGGUCUCUAAAGUGCAAAUCGGCAACUCUUAUGAGAACCGCCCCAUGUAUGUUCUCAAGUUCAGCACAGGUGGAGAGGGAAAACCAGCGAUCUGGAUUGACGCUGGAAUCCAUUCCAGAGAAUGGGUUUCCCAUGCAACUGCAGUGUGGAUUGCCAACCAGAUUGCCACAGACUUUGCAAGUAACCGUGCCCCUGUGCCAAAAAUCCUGGGUGUAAUGGAUAUCUACAUGCUGAUUGUGGCAAACCCAGAUGGAUACGUCUUCUCCCACACUUCCCCAAAUGAAUUUUACCGGUUUUGGCGUAAAAACCGUUCUGUGACCUCUGACCCCAAAUGUCGUGGCGUUGACAUCAAUCGGAACUGGGAUGCUGAAUUUGGGGCUCCUGGCGCCAGUGACAAUCCCUGCGAUGAAGACUACCGCGGCCCUUCUGCUAACUCUGAGAUUGAAGGGAAAAAUAUGGCGGAUUUUAUUGUGAACCAUGACAACUUUAAAUCUUUCAUUACUCUUCACUCAUACAAACAGCUCCUUAUGUAUCCUUACGGUUAUACUGGAAAAGACACUCCUGACAAAACUGAACUUCACAAUGUGGCUCUAUCUGCAAGCAAAGCACUAAACUCUUGGCAUGGCACUGUCUACAAAGUUGGAAAUAUCUUCAGCACUAUAGAGCAAGCUAGUGGUGCAAGUAUUGACUGGGCUUACAAUCGUGGCAUCAAAUAUUCCUAUGCGUUUGAGCUGCGUGACACUGGCAAACACGGAUUCCUCUUGCCUGCCGACCAAAUCGUUUCAACUUCAAAAGAGACCUGGCUUGCUAUCAAAUACAUCAUGGAAUAUGUUUGUGAUAAACUUUAAGAUAAAUUUACGGAUGUCUUAAAAAGUUCCCAAAAGAUGCGUAUUUGUAACAAAUUAUAAGAAUGUUAAUGAUGUAAAAAACUUAUAAUUAAAAUUACACCUGCAGUUUA